GCGCCAAAACAAUCCCGGCUUCGCCAUCUUGCGGUGUCAGCGUGAGGCACUGCAAGAGAGAAGCUGUGUCAAUGUAGAUACCGUCACUGUUUUGUAGCAGAAUAUUUGUGUAUUCUCUGUGCAUAUGUUAAUGCCUACUGUGAGAUGCUACGUACGUAACAGGAGCAGCGUCGUUACACAAUGAGGUCCCGGUCCGGCUACGACAGUAACUCCAGCGAUGAGGGCGGCGCUUCAGACGAAUCGUCGGCGGAGGAGGCGGCGGCGCCGGUCUCCGCCCGGGCCACGGGAACCAGGAAGCAUAUCAACAAAGGCCGCUGGAGCAAGGAGGAGGAUUCCCGGCUGAAGCAGCUGGUGGAAGUGUACAGUGAGCGCUGGGAGAUAAUCGCGAAACAUUUCCCUGACCGGUCGGACGUGCAGUGCCAGCAGCGCUGGCAGAAAGUCGUCAAUCCGGAGCUCGUCAAGGGUCCAUGGACGAAGGAGGAAGAUGAAAAGGUUGUGGAACUGGUUGAGCGUUAUGGACCAAAGAAAUGGACGUUGAUUGCCCGCCACCUAAAGGGCCGCAUUGGCAAGCAGUGCCGAGAGCGCUGGCACAAUCACCUCAAUCCUAACAUAAAGAAGACUGCGUGGACAGAAGAGGAGGACAUGGUCAUCUAUAGGGCGCAUCAGCAAUGGGGCAACCAGUGGGCUAAAAUAGCAAAGCUGCUGCCUGGCAGGACAGACAAUGCAAUAAAGAAUCACUGGAACUCAACAAUGCGCCGCAAGUACGAAUCGGAUGAUCGUUGUGAGGGUCAGAGUCGGCGUGCUAAGACGAGGGCUGCGAAACAGACGAGUGUCGGUACUGGUGUUUCCAACUCUGCUUGCACGACAGAUGAUAUUGACGAUAAAUCAGUUCAGUCACAGUUCCGAAACAACCUUACUACAUCAGCAUCUCGUAGUGAUUAUUUGGCAAGGUCUGCUGACACGUAUAGCAAUGACAAAUGGUCACCAGCCAGCUGUGACCAGCAGACUCCAAAUACAAGUUUUCAUUCAUCAGUCGAGCAAGUUGCUCCAUCAUGUGGAACCCUGUUUCCUUCUGAGCAACUGCAUGAACAUUUCUUCAAGUCAGAUUCGCCAAUGAAACUGGCACGUCCAAAUACUCCAGAGUACAUUCUGUCAUCUCCCCUCAGGUAUUUCGAUAUGGAAAUGCUAUCUCAUCCAAGUCCCAUGAAAUUGGAAUCUGAUGAGGGUUUUUCUGAUGUUAAUGUAAUGGAUUUGGUACAUGGAGAUGGUUAUGGUUCUUCAGACAUAUCACCAGAUAAGAAUUUGGAGGAUCGUAAGAAGGGGCCGAUUGGUUUGCGAUUUGAUGGUCAGACAAUCCAGAACAUACAGUCAGAGCUGGCAGCUGCUGGUGUGGUUAGAACAGGGAGCCUGAUUCCAUUUUCUCCGAAUGUUGUUGCAGCAGCCAAGAUGUCAUCUCCACCGCCAAUAUUACGCAAAAGUAUAACUCGAAAGCCAAUAAAAGUUGAGCCAUGUGACAAUUCCCUUGACAAUUUUGCAUUGAGUGAAAUGGCUGCUUCUUAUCAGGCAUCUGACAUGAGUGAUUCCCCAGCAUACAGUACAAAUCUGCUUUGUAGUCCAUCAACACCUGGGAAAUCAGUUCCAUUCAGUCCUUUGCAGUUCCUGAAUACCAGUUUUUCGCUUGAAGACAAUUUUUCAAGUCCUUUCCGUCGCUUUGCUACUGGCCAGUCCACACCUGUUCGUGGUGGCGGAGCUGAUGAUGCUCAACAAGAAGAUAGUCCUGGACCAUUGUGUACGCCUAACCCUCCUCUCCCAGUUGGUCUCUUCAAGAAGGAACCAUCUAGCAAAGAACACUGUACGCCAAGCAAGUCGAGGCGCAGUCUGCUUAGUACACCACGGACGCCUACUCCUUUUAAGGAUGCUUUGGCUGAAUGCCAAAAGAAGGGCGGUGUGAACUACAUGCCACAAACGCCUACAAGGCUGGUUGAAGAUAUCACUGAAAUAAUUAAAAAUGAGCAGAACUUGUCAGACACACAGUAUGAUAUGCAUGGCAAUUCACUCUACAUUGGCCAGGUGUGUUUAAUUAAUGGCCUGGGUGACAGUGGCUAUCUUACUCAUAAGCGGAAAGCAUCACCUGCGACGGGCAAGGAAAAUACUCUUCCUAACAAACGUGUCCGUAAAGCUUUGGCACCUUCUUGGAGCACACCAGGAAAUGUUACAGUUCCAGGAGUCACCGAUUGCUUAUUUAUGUCAGAGACGCCUAGUAAAUCACUGGAGGCAGACACGUCAGUUCUGUUUUCCCCACCAUACAUACUGAGAGAAGUACUCCCAGAAGCGGAUGAGCUAGGAGUUAAUGAAAAUCCUCCACCUAAUAUUCGGAAACUUUCACCUGCUGCAAAGCCUCUUGGAUUGUUCAAAUCUGCUGUGAAGAGGAUAAACUUCGGGGAAGUCACCAAUAUUCGUGGGCUGCCAAAGCUUGAUGUGCGAUGGGAGAUGGUAGCUUGUGGUCGUACAAGAGAUCAGUUGGAACUAACUGAACAGGCCCACAGGUACCUCAAUCAGUCUGCUCUACAGCCCCGGUCACUCAACCUUUAGAAAGGUUGCGAACAACAUGUGAUAUUAUGUUACAGUAUAAAAUGUGCUCAGCAAUUGAGUGUUGUAUUAUACUUGUUAUAAUUAAAAACUAUCCAGUAUUUUUGGUACAUUGAGAAAAUGUACUGCUUUUGUGUGGUACAUGAUGUUUAUUAUGAUACCUCUUCUGUGAAAUAAUAGAAGACAUUCAGUUAUCUGCCAGUGAGUGUAGAAAAGUGAAAAAACGUUGGAGGGGACACUUGCUCGGAGAGCACAAUGUGUUCUGUCAUGGUCUGGUCAAAUGAUGUAACGACACAUUGAAAAUUGUGUGUGUGUGUGUGUGUGUGUGUGUGUGUGUGUGUGUGUGUGUGUGUGUG